UAUUUAGCUGCUUGCCGCUUGCGGCCACACCGAUUUCAAAGUUAAUCGAUUCACUUGUACAAUCGACAUCCCACACGACGAAUAAAUAAGCUAUAAGAAUUAACUCGUCAAAUCAAUGAAAUCGGUCAGAAAUUAAUUGCGUACAAACACACACAUAGACACACAUACACACACAAACGCAUACAAGCAGAUAAUAAAGAUUGAAAAUAGAUUCAAGUUAGUUGCCACAAGCAGCGCACAAGUGCAGCAACCCACACAACCACUGCAACAAAAACAACAUGGCGCACAUAUUGGAAAAUCAAUUGUUUGCUGCUGCGCAGGUGAUUGAGCAGCAAUUGGAUCAGGAAUUCGAUCGGCUGGACAACUUAGACUCGGAUGAUUUGAAAGCGCUGCGCGAGAAGCGGAUACAGGAAAUGAAAAAGUUGAACAAUAAAAAGCAAGAGUGGCUCAGAAACGGUCACGGCACCUAUUCGGAGCUGGCCGACGAGAAGGAGUUCUUCGAGGUGUCGAAGAAAUCACCGAAUAUUGUAUGUCACUUCUACAGAGACAGCACCGAGCGCUGUCGCAUAGUUGACAUGCAUCUGAAAAUACUCGCCGCCAAGCACGUUGAGGCCAAAUUCUGCAAGGUGAAUGCGGAAAAGACGCCGUUUUUGACGCAACGCCUGCGCAUCAAGGUGCUGCCCACAAUUGCCCUGGUCAAGGAUAGUAAAACGAAGGACUUCAUUGUUGGCUUUGGCGAUCUGGGUAACUGUGAUGACUUCUCCACAGAGAUGCUCGAAUGGCGCAUCGCCCAUUCGGGCGCCAUCGAGUACAAGGGGGAUCUGAUGCAGCCGCCAGAUGUGAAGCGCAAACCGUUCAUAAAUCGAGCACAGAAGACCAUACGCGGUGGCUAUGACUCCGACGAUUCAGAUAUCGAUCUGGAUGACUAACGUGGCGUGGUGUGGGCGCCUACAACAUAAAAACCAAGAAAUAAACUAACACAAACCACACACACAAAGUAAACAUCAAAAGUAGAUUUAGCUGCUUGGAAACUCAACAAAAACAAAAAAAAAACAAUGAAAAACAAUCAAAACCUAGCACAUGAAUGUAGAAACCCAAUUAGGCAUACUUUUAGCAUUAUUUAUUUAAUUGUAUAAUUCCAAUAUCGAUCUUUACUUACUGCUAACUAAUAAUUCUAACUAGCUCCUAACACUCACUCCCCCUCCCUCCCCUUUUGUGGGUUGUCUUUCUUCCGUUAUUUAUAUAUACACCCUGUGUGCCCAGCUAAAAGCCCCCCAACAUACAUACAUACGUACGUAAAUAGAUACAUUCAUGCAUAUAUUAUGCGUUCAAAUAGGCCGCCUUUGGCACAAUAUAAACUGGCUCUAAGGUUCAGCGGUUCAUCGUAUAUAUGGAUAAAAAAGAAUACUUACAUUAUACAUGCAUAUAAAAGACAAAACUGGCAUAUAUUUGUAACAAUAUUUAACAGAUUUUUGCAGAGAUGCAUUUCCUAUUGUAGAAAUAACUAAACUCACAUGUACAAGUUUUUUACAUUUAUUUUUGUAAUUCUACAAAUACAUCAAACAUGAAAUCGUCUUCACAUUAAAUGGCAAGUACGGAAAAAAAACAAUAUCAACAUUUAAA